AUGAUGUUGUUAUAUCUCCUUCCAAGUUUCCAUUUCUUCGGCUCGAGCAAAAGUGACGACCUAGCUACCAUCCCGGAUGACACAGAGCCCAACGAGCCCUUGUUCCUCGACAUUUCCACCACCAGUAUACUUAAGAAGGAAGUGGGCUUCGGAUUGGUCGAGCCCUGGACAAGCAGAUAUGUUGCUGCCAUUUACGAGAAGAGAUCCAGGGAUGCUUUAUGGGCACGUUAUCACAUUUUUGGGGAGGUUAUUAAUGGUACUAUCGAAGAAACCAAUUUGACAGUGCUCGAUCGUAUUGAGGAAGAUGCCAUGGAGUACAAAGUUAAUGAGCCAGAAUUGUUCAGCUACGCACUCUAUUUCUACGCAAACACAAACAGCAACGAUACACAUAGCGAGAUACUCGAUCUCCUAGCAAAUGUCAACCUCAAGGCUUUAAGAUCGAGUCACAUAUGGCAUCAGCUUCGGCGCAGAAAAUUGGCAGUUUACUCAUACGGCAACUGCUUGGCUCGGGUCGACCUGACAUGUUACUUGGAAACUCACAGCCACUCGGUUCAUCGGGGAUGCUAG